AUGGUUUGGGGACAAGUUAAUAGUAAUAAUGGAUCAUCAUUAUUUAAUAAUACAAUUAAACAAUUAAAAGAGAAUAGUACAGAAUCAUUAUUUUUAAUACCAACAUUUAUUCCAAUCAGUGAAAAUAAUGUUAUGGAAUUCUCACAAGGAUUAUCAAUGAAUACUUCAUUAACAGAAUUAUAUAUGCAUGGACAUGAAUUAGGAGAACAAGGAUUAAUUGAAAUUGGUAAAAGUAUUAGAAAUCAUCCAAAUUUGAAAACUAUUUCAAUUGGUAAUUCAGAAAUUGGUUUAAAUUUAAUUGGAUUACAAUCACUCUUAACCAAUGUACUAAAAUCAAAAACUUUAAGAAAUAUUGACUUUUCAAAACAAUCAAUAAAUAGUAAAAGUUUAUCAAUUAUUAAUGAUAUAUUUAAAAAUGAUAAUAAUGAUAAUGAUAAUGAUAAUAAAAGUGAAAAUCAAAUUAGUUAUUUAAAUUUUGGAGAGAAUCAAUUAGAUUCAGAAUCGUUAUUAUAUUUAGAGGGUAUAAUUAAAUCAAAUGAAAAUAUAGAAUUUUUAAAUAUUGGUGGUAAUCAAAUUACAAAAUUCACAGAUUCAUUCAUACAAUCUAUAGUUGAUAAUGGAAAGAAAUUGAAAAAGUUAGUAUUAAGUGCAAAUCCAUUGAAAGAGAGUGAUCAAGAUAGUGACACUGAUUCUGUUGGUAAACAUCUUUCAAAAUUAUUAUUGGAAUCAAAUAGUUUAAAAGAGAUUGAAUUGAAUGAUUGUGAAUUAAAUGAAAAAUCAUGUAAAACAUUUGGUGAAUCAUUAUUAAAUUGGAGAGGUACUUCAUUCACUGCAACUGGUAAUUCAUUAAUGGGGUCAUCUUUAACAAGUUCUUGGUUAAAUUUAUCAUUAUCAUCAUCGUCAUCAUAUUCAAAUAAUAUUAAACAUUUAUCAUUACGUGGUUGUUUUAUUGGUGAUCAAGGUGUAAAAUCAAUUAUGAAUGCAAUUUCUAUGGGAAUUUUAUCAAAUUUAAAUCUAUUGGAUGUUGCAUAUAAUAAACUUAGUAUAGAAUCAUUAAUUGCUUUAAAAAGUUUAGUAGUUAUUGAUAAUAAUAAUAAUAAUAAUAAUAAUAAUAAUAAUAAUAGUAAUAGUAAUAAUAAUAAUAGUAGUAAACCAUUACAUUUUAUUGAAUAUUUAGAUGUUAGUUUUAAUAUAUUUGGUCGUGAAACUAAAGAAAUCAUUGUCGAUUGGAUAAAAUCAAAUAAAAUCACUCAAUUGAAAUGUUUAUCAUUAAAUAAUGUUGGUAUGAAAUUUUUAGACAUUUUUGAAAUCUCAAAGCUUUUACUUGAAAAUUGUGAUUCUACCUCUUUAAAAUUAUUAGAAUUAACAGGUAAUGAAGAAAAAGAUGAGAUUCAAUUAGCUAAUGAACAAGAAAAACAAAAACAACAAGAAGAAAAAGAAUUAUCUAAAAAUGAACAAGAAAAUAAUGAAGAUGAUGAAGAAGAUGAAGAUGAUAUUUAUGAAAUUUUAUCAGAAAAUAUCGAUUCUUUAAAAAGAGAAAAGAAAUUAGUUUUUAGAUGGAAAUAA